CCCUGCAGCCUCGGGUGUGUCUCCCUCUGCAGCUGAGCUCCGUGGGCGACCAUGAACGCCAGCGGCCCUGGCUAUCCCUUGGCCUCUCUCUACGUGGGGGACCUGCACCCAGAUGUGACCGAAGCCAUGCUCUACGAGAAGUUCUCACCUGCCGGGCCCAUCAUGUCCAUCCGAGUGUGUCGCGACGUUGCCACGCGCCGGUCACUGGGCUACGCCUACAUCAACUUCCACCAGCCUGUGGAUGCUGAGCGAGCCCUGGACACCAUGAACUUCGAGGUGAUCAAAGGCCGCCCCAUCCGCAUCAUGUGGUCCCAGCGGGACCCUGGGCUCAGGAAGUCAGGGAUUGGAAACAUCUUCAUCAAGAACCUGGACGACUCCAUUGAUAACAAAGCCCUGUAUGACACAUUCUCCGCCUUUGGGAAUAUCCUGUCAUGCAAGGUGGUUUGUGAUGAGAACGGAUCCCGUGGCUAUGGCUUUGUCCACUUUGAGACUCAGGAGGCAGCGACUCGGGCCAUCCAGACCAUGAAUGGGAUGUUGCUCAACGACCGGAAGGUGUUUGUUGGCCACUUCAAAUCCCAAAAGGAGCGUGAGGCAGAGAUUGGGGCGAAGGUGGUGGAGUUCACCAACGUCUACAUCAAAAACUUUGGGGAUGACAUGGAUGAUGACAGACUGCGGGAAAUGUUCUCCAAGUUUGGAAAGACGCUGAGUGUCAAGGUCAUGAUGGACAGUGCUGGCCGCUCCAAGGGCUUCGGGUUUGUCAACUUUGAGAAGCACGAAGAAGCUGAGAAGGCGGUGGCUGACAUGAACGGGAAGGAGAUCAACGGGCGGAUGGUGUACGUGGGCAGAGCCCAGAAGCGGCUGGAGCGCCAGAGUGAGCUCAAGAGGAAGUUUGAGCAGAUCAAGCAGGAGCGAGCGAGCAGGUACCAGGGGGUCAACCUGUAUGUGAAGAACUUGGAUGAUGGGAUAGAUGAUGAGAAGCUGAGGAAGGAGUUCUCCCCCUAUGGCACCAUCACCAGUGCCAAGGUGAUGACAGACGGCGGCCGCAGCAAAGGGUUUGGAUUUGUGUGCUUUUCCUCCCCAGAAGAGGCUACCAAGGCCGUGACAGAGAUGAAUGGAAGGAUUGUCAGCACUAAGCCUCUCUACGUUGCGCUCGCUCAAAGGAAAGAGGAGCGGAAAGCAAUCCUCACCAACCAGUACAUGCAGAGACUGGCAACCAUGAGGGCCCUGCCCGGCCCUCUCCUGGGCUCCUUCCAGACCCCUGCAGGGUACUUCCUCCCCCCCAUCCCCCAGCCACAAGCCAGAGCUGCCUUCUACGGCCCCAGCCCUGUUGUCCCAGUCCGCCCCUCCACUCGCUGGAGUGCUCAGCCCUCCCGGCCUCCCUCAGUGUAUCCUGAAGCCACCCCCAUCCUGAGGGCUGCUGUGCCACCCCGGCGCCUGCUGUCCAACAUCAGCACCACGAGACAGGCCUCCACCCAGGUGCCCCGGGUGCUCCCCCAGGCCCAGAGAAUGGCCAACAUCGGGACGCAGACGGUCAGCACUCGGGGUGCCUCCUCCUCCUCCUCCUCCCUGCCACGGGGUGCCUACAAGUACUCCUCGGCCGUCAGGAACGUGCCCAUGGGGCACCUGCCACCCGUGGUGCCCCCGCAGGUGGUAGAACCUGCUGUGUGUGUCCAGGGGCAGGAGCCACUGACAGCAUCCAUGCUUGCAGCAGCCCCUCCUCAGGAGCAGAAGCAAAUGAUCGGUGAGCGCCUCUACGCUCUGGUCUGCUCAAUUAAUCCCUUGCUGGCUGGCAAGAUCACUGGGAUGCUGCUGGAGAUGGACAACUCUGAGCUGCUGCUGCUCAUGGAGUCCCCUGACUCCCUGCACUCCAAGGUCAAGGAGGCAGUUGCUGUUAUCCAAGCACACGAGACUGUGGACACCUCCCAUAAGGGCAGUGCCUUCCUGCAGUGACUCCAGGCUCCGGGACUGAGAGUGAACCCUAAGAAUGUUGCCUUUGAAGAACAGGAGCAGCAACCCCACCAUGCUAUUGGAAUUAUACCUGUACAGAGACCCUGGCUUGUCUUCAGUGCCCCAUCCUACUGUUUGUAUAUGUUGUAAACCUUGUAGAAUUGCUUCCUUCUGCACCUGUAAAAAUCCCCACAUUAAAUCUCUUCUCACCACUGAAAGCACCCUGUGAAAUGUAGUGUGGAACCCAGCCUGGGUCAGUUGCCCAGGAAAUAACUGCUGCUGCUGAAUCAUCAUUUUAGGGAAUUUAUUGGGUUAUGUAGUUUUACUUGUUCAUGUAGUUGACACUAAUAAAGAACUGAUGCUUCCACCCUUGAA